AGGAUAACCUGCAAUAUGGAGGAUUCGACAAUUGAAUUUCUACAAGCACGUUUACUGUCCGAACGAUCUGUCUCCAAAAGUGCUAGACAGAGAGCUGAUGAACUGGCAAGAAGGGUAGCUGAACUUGAGGAACAGCUAAGAAUUGUGUCUGUCCAAACGAGGAGGGCUGAAAAGGCAACAGCAGAUGUUCUUGCCAUUUUGGAGAAUAAUGGGGUAAGUGCUGUAUCUGAGGAACUUGAUUCAAGCUCUGACCAGGACAUGCCUUUUGAGUCCAACAUGGAUAAUGUUUCUACUAAAGAAGAGGAGAGAUCUGUCGGUUCAAAAGGGAGAAGAAAAGAAGAGGAACUUUCUUGUUCUGAGGAUUUUUCUUCACUCUCUGGUAGAAGCUUGUCUUGGAAAGGCCGCAAGAGUGCUUCUCAUUCUCCUGAAAAGUAUAAAGACUCACUUGUGAGAAGGCACAACAUGUUUUCAUCUCCAAAACACUGGCAGGGGAAAUUAUGCCGGAAGAUAAGACACCGGGAACCAAGAUUAGUAGCGGAGGAGCCCAAAUCAGAUGAUGUCAAGGCCGGUUCACCAGUAAAUGAACUUGUAACAUCACCUGAAGUUAAUGAUAAUCAGUCUAAAAGUGAGAAAGACAUGGAAAAGGCACUAGAACAUCAAGCACAACUUAUUGACCGUUAUGAAGCAAUGGAAAAGGCCCAAAGAGAAUGGGAAGAGAAGUUCAGAGAAAAUAAUAGUAGUACACCGGAUUCAUGUGAUCCUGGGAACAACUCAGACCUCACCGAGGAAAGAGACGAGAUCAAGACUCAAACUCAAUAUGCAUCCGGGACAGGUAGCUCAGGAGUCCAACAGGCAGAGGAAUUACCUAAACCUCAAUCCUAUGAUCCCGUGCCACCUUCACAUGGUGAUAUGGAUCGGUUACAGGAUCGUAAUUGUAGCAGCUCCCUUUUGGCCGCGUCCCUAAAUCCAACAUCCCCAGGUUCCGUUGAAAAGGAAAAUCGUCAUCAGGGAAAUCUGCAAUGCAACCAUUCACCGGUACACAGUUGUCAUCAAUUUGCAUAUGCACAUGGUUCCACUGGGAAGCGGGCAGUGCAUCAGGAGAGUCCGCAGAGAAAACAUUAUCCUAUACACAGCUCUCAUGCACAUGGUUCCACGGGGAACCAGGAAAUGCAUCUCCUUUCAUCUGUUAUGAGCCGUUGUUCAACCACGGAACCUUCUGGAAACAAAAAUGAGUGUUAUGCACUGGUGCCACAUGUAACACCUGGCAGGUUUACCAAUGUGCUGUAUGCUCUUAAUCAAGCUAGGAUGUCAUUACAACAGAAAAUCAAUACAUCGCCACCGAUAGAGAGUGCAUCUGGAGGAAAGGCUAUCAAACCUUCUGUUUGUGGGAGAAAAGUUUGGGAGAGGGUAGAGGUUCCCGUUGGAUGCUCGGGACUCUUCAGGGUUCCAACCGACUUUUCAGCAGAGGCCUCUAAAAUGAACUUUCCGGGUUCAGGUCUGCAGUUAAGUUUGGCAAACUAUUACCCCGAUGCACGAGUCGCACCGACUUCUUGUGGCAACACUUUGUCAAGUAGUUCCAGUAAUUACCCACCAGUUACCGGUGAUCGUUUUUACAGUAGCCCUUACAUGGAUGUUAGAUCAAAUUCUUCCGUAGUCCCAGCUGCGUCUGGUUACAUAAACGGCGAUCAAAUUCUCACCAGUCGGUAUGCAGAGACAGAGUGGAGAUCCACUCGAAAUCCAUGUUUUGAUCCUUACUCGGAACCAGGCCUACCCUCAUCAGUUCUGCAGAGCUAUCCAACAUUCCCCUCCUUUCCUGACCUAUUGCCACGGAUACAUAGUAGAGAAAGAUUCCCAGUCCUCCGUACAAACGGAUCAAUCGUGGUACGUCCUGAUCAGUUUUCAUUUCACGACAACCACUUUAGACCAGAUAUCCAUAGAUUGUAG